AUGGCAUGCUUUUCUCUUUCCCAACAGUUCCGCAAGGUUUCUCCAUGGCAGGAUGCCCCUAGCGACGUCCUCAUCGAAAUUUUUCGCGAAUGCAUCGAGCCGUUGAAGUAUGAGCAGCCCAACACCACCGUAGCCCCGAUGCUCCUCUGCCAAGUUUGCUCUUACUGGCGAUAUGUCGCAUUGGGUGCCCCACAGCUCUGGGAUUCGCUUUAUCACACUUGUAAAAUUAUCCCUCCGAAGGAACACACAGAAUCCAGUGUGCUGAAAAACUGUAUUCGUGCAAAAGAUGUCCGCUUUUUGCAAUGGUGGUGCAAGAACCUUGGGACGAAGAGUUCCCAGCUACGUCUCCGGCUGGACUGGUCUCAUGUUGCCCGUAAAUCCAAACACCCGGAGCUUGGUGUUAACGAAGACAGUGAUCAAGCUCCGCAUCCGGAAGAGCAAUGUCAACUGUUCGAAUCCCUCAUCUCAUCUGCAAAAUAUCUCGACUUGGAUCCCUCCUAUGUUACCGUUUUAUCAAACUGGACAUCCUUGCGCCCUUUCAGCUUCCCUAACCUCAACACGCUCGUCAUGCGCCACGAUACAUGUACUACCAGAAGGCAAGGAACACUAUAUAGAGGCGUUCUAGCCGUGCCGAUGAAUGCAGCGCACACACGUCCUAUCCAGCAGUUGUAUCUCGAAGCAUUCAGAUUCCCGGACAGCAAGUCCCUUGCUGCAUUCAACUGGAUCCAUUUGACCCACGCGAGUCUGCUGCACAUACACAUCCCUCUUCCAGUGUGGCACCACCUUAUUCGGUGUCUAACAAGUAUGCAGAGCGGCUUUUUCCAAAUCUGCUCAUUCGAAAUGCCCAAUGCAAAUACGCACUUCAUGAACUCCAGAAACGAUGACGGCUACAGUCACCCUCCUAUGGCCAUCCUACCUUUUCUGCACACCCUCCAUCUCUCCUUGCCACCACACCGCAUAUUGACCUCCCAAAUCCUACUCGCCCUAUCCUUACCGUCUCUCCGGCAUCUCCGCCUCUCAAGUCUCGGCCUUUCCCUGUCAUCUCUGCACGCAAUCCUCUCCUCCACCCCCUCACUCACACAGUUACAGCUCUGUGGCAGCAUCCCUUUCUGUUGGACCUCACAUACCAUUUCCAUCCCACCCGCCAUCCCGCCACACCCAACCCAAAGCGCCUGCACACCACUCACCGAGAUCCUACCCAACCUCACUCACCUACUCCUAGACGGCAGCAUGCAAAACAACCACAUGGUUUUAUCUUGGGUAUGUGCUGUGCUCUCUUCGCCGUGGCUGCAAUUGCCCAUGCGGGGCGGCCACUACCAACGCCACCAUUCACAUUUGGAUUCAUCCGCUACAUUCGCUGCUGCCACUUCCACGGAGAGCGACGCCACCAAUGCAAAACGCAGGGGUAUCACCCACCUGCAUCUUGCUAUCUCCAACCCAUCUGAUACCAUUCCCGAUGGCGAUGACACCAACAUCUCCGCCCAACAGCAAUUUCCGUUGACAUUAUACAAUUCCUCCAGCACGCACAAUGAAUGGAUGCCCUCACACCUCUUUUCCAUGGAACGCUCGAAUUACGUGAUGCAGAAGCUAAAGAGUAUUGUCGCAAAAUGCGACUUGGAUCCAACUGUGGAAGUUGUCAUUCGCGGACCGGAUGCUCCAAAGCUGUGGUCAGGAAACCUCAUUAACGAAGACGAAAACCCCGCCUUCGAGGUUUCAGGGUUCUUCCCACUGAAUUGA